AUACGCACUUUGAAUUGGACUAUACAAAAAUGGAUAAUAAAAAUCGGAAUAAUAUUGAAUUUGAAACGGGAAGUGAAUGGAUCGUUUAUUUUCGUUUAUUUAUUUAUAAUAUAAAAUUAUCUAUUGAAAUAUUCUUAUAUUUAAUAAAACAAUUAUUUUACGGUAUGUGGAUAACUAUACCCGAAAAGGAUAUACGGGGCCAAGUUGCAAUGAUAACUGGUUCAUCUAAUGGAUUAGGUCGAGCUUUAAGUAUAGAAUUUGCAAAAAGACAAUGUCAUUUGGCUUUAGUGGAUAUGGAUGAAAAAAAUGGAAAAGAAUUAGAAGAAUUCAUUAGAAAUUCAUAUAAGAUAAAAGUUAAAUUUUAUAAGGCUGACAUUUCAAUUUAUGAAAAUGUUGAGAAACUUAAAUCUGAUAUUGAGAGAGAUAUUGGACAUAUAGAUAUUUUAAUAAAUAAUGCUGGAAUAAUGCAAAGUGUACAAACAUUAAAUCCUAAAAGGACACCAAAUGAAAUUUCAAAAUUAAUUGAUGUUAAUUUAAAAGCUAGUAUUUGGGCAGUAAAAAUAUUUCUUCCUGGAAUGAUAGAACGGAAACGAGGACAUAUUAUUGCUACUUGCUCAUUAACAAGUUUACUGUCUUCCGCUUUUUUAUUAGAUUAUUCUGCUUCAAAGCAAGGCUUAAAGGGAUUCAUGGAUUCAUUGUAUUUUGAAUUGCUAGUGAAAGGAUAUAGUGAUAUUAUUAAAACAAGUAUGAUAUGUCCCACGCUGGUACUGACAAGUGAUUCUGUUAUUAAAACUAUUAAAGGAACAAAAGUUUAUCAUAACAUAUACCCAUGGAGCCCAGAAAGAGCAGCAAAAACUGCUAUUAAAGCAGUUCUCAAGAAUGAAAGAUUAAUUGUGUUGCCAUCAGUAUAUAAAUUAUCGAUGAUAUUUAAUUUAAUACCGGAUGAUGCUAAAACAAAAACGCUUAAAAGAUUACUGAACGUUGAUCCAUCUGGAUUUGAAGAGUAAAGCAAUUUUUUUUUAAAAUGAAAUUUCUCUAAAUCAAGAUUACUUGCUUAGUUAAAAUUAAUUUAAAUUAAAUUGAAAUUACUUAGGUUAAUUAAUUAUUUUAGAUAAAUUUAAAAAAAUAUAUAAAUUUUUUUU